AUGACAAAGCCAUGGACAUAUUUGAGCUUGAAAGCUGUCUUUCAAUACAUGGAUGUGAAUAAGCGACUGCAAGUCAAUUCUCAUUGUCCAGCUCUUCGAUCUGCCGAAAGCUCAGUGCCGUUGAGCCUGCAAUCUCUGACUCUCAAUAAAAGAAAAAUUGUGGCGAAUGAUGUCUGCUACAAGGUGGAAUCAAAAUCACAAAGGAUCAAAUCAAUUUUGGACGGCAGAAAACAUGUUCGCGUGGAAAUUUUGAAAAUUCGCAAUUCCAGUGUGAUCCCAGAUAGGCUGAAAUUCAGAACGAGGAACUUGGACUUUGGAAACUUAAACCUCGAAAAGGUGCCUUCUUUUAUCAACAGAGCUAGCUUCCCGUUGAGAGAACUGCGAGUGAACAUUUCUAAAACUCCAAAUCUCGAAAAGCAUUUGAGAUGCACACAAGCAUUAGUACUUUUCGAGACUAACUUAGAUCAAGAAAAGUCAGAUUGGAUUCGAAGCGUUUUGUAUGACCGCAAAGGCCCAAAUAUAGUUCUAGAAAAUUUUAUUCUGUCGAGUGAAGAUACGAUUGCACUCAUCCAAAACUGGAGAAAUCACCACAAAGAUAUCGGAACGGUCUUGACAAUACAUCAUGAAUAUGGGGUUCUACCUCUGUCUAAUGUUGCCGAACUCAUGGAUGUGUUCAAUGGAAGGAAUGCUUAUUUCAACGAUUCCGUUUUGCAACUGGAAAUCAAUUUCCAUUGUCCAGGACUUCGGUCAGCCGAAAGCUCAGUUCCGUUGAAUCUCCAAUCUCUGAUUCUCACAAAAAGAAAAAUUGUACCCAAUGAUGUCUGUUAUAAGGUGGAAUCAAAAUAUCAAAGGAUCAAAUCAAUUUUGGACGGCAGAAAACAUGUUCGCGUGGAAUUUUUGAAAAUUCGCAAUUCAAGAGUGAUCCCAGACAGCCUGAAAAUCAGAACGAGGAGCUUGGACUCUGGAGACUUAAACCUCGAGAGGGUGCUUCCUUUUAUCGACAAGUCCAGCUUCCCGUUGAGAGAACUGCGAGUGAACAUUGCCAAGACUCCAAAUCUCGAAAGGUAUUUGGGAUGCACUCAGACAUUGAUUCUUUUCGAGACUAAGCAUGAUAGAGAAAAUGUAGAUUUGAUUCGAACCAUUUUGUAUGAUCGCAAGAGCUCAAAUAUAGUGUUAGAGAACAUUAGUUUGUCGAGUAAUGAUACAGUUGCUCUCAUCCAAAAUUGGAGAAAUAACCAGAAGAAAAUUGGAACGGUCUUGACAAUGCAGAAUAGAUUCCGGAUUAUACCGAUAGUUUGUCCUGUUGGUGACGAAUUUCCUUAUGUUAACGAAAUACUACGAGUUUCAAAUGGAACCCAUGCUAAUUUCAACGAUUCCGUUCUACAAAACAAUAUGGAUCGUCGUUGCAUUUCGUUCCCGUUCAACGAGACGUCCGAGCUGGUUUUGUACAGUGUAAGAGAUGAACCAAUAUGGAAUAGAAGAAUCAAACUUGAAGUGAUGCCAAUCGGAUCUACUGGACCAGAAACCCUUUUUGAUAUUUUCAUAGAUCUACUGGUUCUUUUAAGUUAUAUAUUUUUACUGCUAAUCGCCCUCAUUUUUGUAGCAUUGGCCUCAGCGAAAUUGGAGACAAUGCUUGCAGUGCGACGGACCGAUUGA